AUGGGGGAUCAAGACGUCUGGGGAGCAGUCGAGCCGGCGGCCAGUGUGAUCCUUGACGAGAAGAAGGAUAAGAAGGCGAGGUCGCAUCUCUUUCAAACGCUCCCAGCGGACCUCCUGAUGCAGGCCGAGUGGCAGGUGCAGCAGAAGAAGGAUGGUGGUGACUCCUCGUCAAGCAAUAAAGGCAAAUACCACCCUCCAGUAGAUAGAAACCGUGGCCACGACAGAGGCCAUGGCAGAGGUGGUCGCGGUGAUACAUCACGUAAUGAUGAGGAGAGCGACUUAGACGGCGGUCGCCACAACAAGAGUCACAUCAAGUGCUACAAUUGCUACAAGAUGGGGCACUACGCGAAUAAUUGCAAGGCACCAAAGAAGAAGGAGGAAGAGAAAGGAGAGACACCUCACAUGUAA